AUGGAGCUCGAAAGGCUGGACAACCUGGUCCAGAGAAGUUUCCGAAAAAUUCGUCAUUUACUCAAGACUGCGCCUGAAGUACCAUCACAAACACCGAUUCAAGGUCUUGGAGAUCUUAUCCCGGACACUCAAGAUUCCGCAGACAACCAGGGUGCAGAGUUACCGGCACAGCCAACGACCGUAAGCCCAGAGUCGGAGAACAGUGUUCCAGAUAGUACGGUCGAACACGAUCAAAGCACUGCAGCACAGAAGAUCAUUGCAUCAAACCUCAACUUUGAAACGAAUACAACAAACCCAAUAAAUCCGAUCGGCAGUUUAAACGUCACUCACGAAGUCGAGGCUACCUCAAGUACCGCUAGUGGCAUCACAACCGUCGACAGCUUGGGUUUUGCACCUGGUCUUACUUCCUCUGUCAGCUCUCGUCCUUCGGAGAUCGUGGUAUCCAGUGAUUUCAUUGGAGCUGUCAUCUUUGCACAGAAAAUUAUUGUAGCUCCAAAUAUGAGGAAUAGGAUUGACCCAGAGCUACUAACGGCAUGGGAAAGAAAGAUUUCAGAUCGCUUGUGGAAUGACCUGGACACGCUUGGUACAGGAGAUGUCGUCGCCCUGGAAUUUCACAUGGCCGGAGAAAACAAGAAAAACUUGAAGCCAACGAUAAUCAUCACAUGCGAUGGCGCGAAAUCGCAAAGGCACAACAUUACCAAGGUGAAAAGUCUGAAAUGGCUUGAACCUUUUCGCCUAAAAUGCUGCGUGGUGAAAAACUCCGAUAAGCGCCGAUUGCAAGCACUAUCCAAACCGAAGGAUGAUUCUACAUUGCUGCCCUACGAGGUAGUCGCGAACAUAGAUGACAGCGCAAAGACAUUGUGCGGAGUCACUGCAGCGCUCAAGAACCCAGCUGUGGAGUCCGUCACGCCUUUUAGACUAGGUGGUUUGAUCAAGGUCGACGAUGAAGUAUUUUGCCUGACGGCAGGCCAUAUUCUGGCCCCCAUUCAUUCCGAGUCUCUAUCUACCGCUAUUAACCAGACUCAAAAAUCAGAAGUCGAUAAUGUGACAGAAGUCGAUGACCCGUCCAGCAUAUUCACGAUAGGCGACUGGGUUAGCGAUGAUGAGACUGUAGUUCCGAGUAUCGACCUCAACGAUGGGAACGAGAGCUUCGUUCUUGAUCUUGAUACUUUGGAUCAUGCUUCAACUCUUCCCCCAUUGAAUUUCGAUGACUUGCCGAUCAUUGGUAAUGUAGAAAGCCAAUUCGCAAACGAUAGGGCAUUGGCAAGUCAAUGCUCCAUUUCAGCUUCAGACUGGGGAUUGGUAAAACUGAGAACACAAUAUCACGGCUUUUCGAAUCUCAUCCAAAUACCUGGACAGAAUUCAAAAACCGUCAUUGAGGAUAUUAUCACUGAAAACGAGCUUUUUCCAGGACAAGUGUGGGCUGUCACUCAGUCCUCCUGUCCUAAAUCUGGUUUCCUCAGCUUAGGCUCCGCCUUUAUUUUCCUCUAUGGUAGACGAUUUAGAGUACGACAGAUCGCCUUUGAAGAGGCGCUAGUUCCGGGUGACUCUGGAGCAUGGGUCAUACAAAAUGGGAAGCUGUGUGGACACAUCAUUGCCGGAAGAACAGGUCUCAAGUGGGCUUACAUGAUGACGAUUGAGGACAUUUUCGGCGAUAUCAAACAAAAUCUACAUGCAAAAGAAGUUCGUCUCCCACGGGCUUCAGAAAGAUUCGGGUAUCCUGCUCCUGGCAGAGCCAAUCGUGAAAACCCAAAGUCAGACACUAAUACCCCGGGUCCAAAACCCAUAAAACCAUCAGCUCUUGGAUUGUCAGAGGCUAAGCCCUCAGUUAAAACCGGCUCUCUAGCAAAGUACAACAGUCGUUUCCCACGAGCCCCAAAGAAUGAUUCUCGCAAUCCGCGGCGCCCACCCAGCUCGAACAAUGCAAUUGCUGGUAUCAUGCUGAUAGCACGGGGACAAAAUCAACAUGAGCCCGACUCGUCGAACAAGGAUUCCAAGGUAGCUGGACAAAAGCGGCGCCCAGCGCGAUGGGAGGUCCUUUGCAUUGCCAUGGGUGGUCUGAUCGGAACCAAUUUAUAUGCAAACAAUGCAAAGGCACUCAGUACAGCUGGACCUGCUGGUGCAUUGACCGCUCUUGCUAUCGUUGGAUUCAUCGUCAUCAUGAUCAUGGAGUGUGUCAGUGAGAUGACUCAACUAUUCCCAGUCAGCACGAUGUUCAACUCAGUCCAGCAAUUUGUGGACAAAGAUAUCGCUUUGCUCGUUGGCAUCGCUUACUGGCAAGAGCCCCUUCAUAGCUUCGUGGCUUCAGCACGGGACACAUCAAGAGAAGUCGGCCCAACCAAUUGUCAGGGCUUCCAACACAAUAACGCUGUCGCUGAUAGUUCAGUCGUGGGGCUUCUUUACUGUAUUCCAUUCGUUACAUACGGCUUCAUCGGAGUUGAGACUAUCACCCUUAUGGGCGCGCUCAUGCAAAGACCUCGGUAUCUUGCCACCCUACAGCAUUUGGCAAGCUAUAUGGCUUUGUCCAUUGUUCUCCUCCUCGCUGUCCUUGAGUAUAUUAACAUCGGCUGGAAGGAUGGUAGACUUCCCAGCCCUUGGUUUCAAUAUACCGAUGCACAUUGGUCUACUACUCUAUCAGUACUGGUAGCCAAGGAUCUCGACCAAGGCUUUCUGCCGAGCCUAGUUGUUGGGAGUCUGAUCUACACCACAGUUUCUUCAUCCAAUAUAGUUCUCUAUGUCGCAUCUCGAGCACUGCUUGGAGUUGUGCAAAGCAUCCAACCUUCAGACCCAAUAUUUAAGCGCUUGGUCAGGAAUACGACUUCUGUAACGCGGUUUGGAGUACCGAUCACUUCCAUUAUCGUGUCUGCAGUUGCUUUUUGGUGGCUACCAGUCAUAGCUAUUGCUCGUGAAAGUUCGAUGAAGGAGGUGAGUCGCCAACCAGGUGCCCCAAACAGCGUCCGCAAAGUCUCAACUAAUUCCGAUGAUAGCUUGUUGAAACUCUUACACUAUCGGGUACCGUGA